AUGAAGCGCACUAUAAAAAGUGGUGCACCAGGGGCCCGGCAGGCCUACAUGAACAAAAGCAAGUACAACCCCAACCGUUACAAACUCGAAAAAGAUCACAUAUCGCGACAAGUAGAAUUUACCAUGACGAGCCUGUGUUGUAGACGAUGCUGUGAGAUUAUACAAUGGAAGGUUGACUAUGGUAAAUACACUUUACAGGAGCACAGCCGUCGCUGCAAUUUGUGCCGUGAAAAUAAAGUAGCUCACGCCUACCAUCGCAUCUGCCAACAAUGUGCUGAACGUGAGGCAGUAUGUGCAAAGUGCCAAAAGCACCCAGCCGCAUCAACUGUCUCCGCAAACGCUGAUAUGCCUUACAACGACUCAGAUCACGAAUCAUUGGAAGGACACAUUGAGAACUUAGAGAAACCGAGAGAAACGACCAAGUAUGCUUUUGUUGAAAUCGCUUCCCAUGGAGAAGAGCUUCAGCGACUCACAGGUCUCAAUACUCGUGUCUUGCAGCAAAAAUUGAGGAAAAGACGAAAGGCUGAAAACCGAGACUCUCUAGGUACUCUGCGCGAGCGCGAAAGGCGAACGGCACUGCGAAAAGGAAUCAUUCAAGCUGACGCCUCCGACAGUGGUGAGAGCUUGUAA